UUGGCACAAAAGGUACUGAAAGGAAGAACAGGCUCUUCAUCAGCCAAUCUGCCUCCAGAGAAGCCAAGAGACGACUCUUCUUGCUAGACCAGACAUGGCUGCCAAACUCUUCCUCUCCAUCCUUUUCAUCGCUUGUUACUGCUCAGCGACCCUGGCACAGGUGCCCACUGACUGCUGCUUGCAGCUCUCAACAAGAGAGAUCCCAAAAUCUGUUGUUGCGAACUACCGUGUCCAGGUCGGCGGACAAGGCUGCCCAUUUAAUGCCAUAGUUUUUGUGGCCAGAGGUGGCAGGACAAUGUGUGCUCCCAGUGAUGAGAAGUGGGCCCAAGAUCUGAUGCACCAUGUGGACCACCUCAGGAAAUUCUGCAAGAAAGCCAACUACCAGCACAAACGCUGCACUGGAGUGAAGCCCGAGUGAAUCCGACUUCAGCGCCUUCAGCCAGAGCAGCGACGGUGGCUCCACAGCAGCGAGGGGAUCAACCAUAACAUGAAUAGUGAAGACUGUGAGAUCAAUGUGAAAUAACCAGCGAUUUUUCUUUUUACUAAACAAUGUCUUAUUUUUUACUUUUCUGUAGCUAAGAUUGAUCUAAUUUGAAAUUAAAUAUCUUGAAGGAAUUUUAUAUUUUUUUAUUCUCUGUGUUUUGUUUUUUAAGGAAAAGGUUUAUGAAAUAUGUGGAAAAAGUAAAUAUUUGUUAAGUAACCAGCUCAUUUUAGAACUCAGGAAGAAGCAGUUUGGUUCAUUUGAAUGUAUUUGAGUGUUGAUCUUUUCAAAAUAAAGCCUGUUUUUUCCCCUGACCCCA